AUGGCAGAACAACCUUCCUCUAUACAAACUAACAUUUGCUGCUGCAUACCGGUGACAUACGAUGAGAUUGAUGACGAGAAGCUUGUAUAUGUCGAACGUGUACCUUGGAAUAGCAACUAUGAUCGUGGAUAUUGUACAAAUGAUUGCACUAUGCACAACAGAACGAAGAUACACACAUACUGGAAUGGCCGACUGUCAUCCUCACCAGAGCGAUUUCCAUACUAUGUUCCAAGCACGUGGUAUCGUCUUAGUUUGCAGGUAGAUCACACUUCUCUUCCAGACUGGGGCCCAGAUUGGCAUAUUCUGUACCAUGGGACAUAUCCACAAAACAUUCAUAAAAUUGUUAAAAACGGAUUUCGAGUUCGCGAGUGUCAACAUGGAUUUCCAGCGUUAUAUCUGUCGCCCAGCAUUCAAUAUUCUUCGCAUCCAAGAUAUGCUCGUGUAAUUGUACACAAUGACUUUUUCUUCCAGUUUGUGUUAGAGGUGCGAGUAGAUACAAGAAAAGUAAUACCAUUGAAAAAACGUGAGACUCUCGAGGUUGGUGUGGCAGGUGACAUUGAUCCAAACUUCCCAAACAACGAAAAUCUUGAAUUCUUACUUAAGGCAGAAGAAGGAAAAUUCAUAAAAUCUUACGAGGGUGUGGUUGUAACAGGUGUCAUGGUUCGCAANAGAGGAAAUCGAACGAACAUUGUCUACGAUAUUUCCAUGGAGAGGAAAUACACGGAUUCAAAAGUAAGUCUAUGUUAG